UCGGAGAGGACCGAGCUGCUGAGGUCCUCGGAGAACAUUGUCUUGUGGACAAGAACGUGCUUCCCCGGCUCGGCUCGGGGUGCGGGGUGCGUGGCUGAGCGCACGUGGCCAUGGGCAACCACAGGACGACGCUGCCCAGAGCAGCCCAUGCCACCUGAGCAGCGCAGGGCGCACCGGGCCAUGGACUCACCUGCCCCACCUGCCCUGCGCGCUGCCCCUCCCCAGACGAGGACUAUGGGUGAGGAGGAAAGGAUGCCAGCCACACGGGUGAAGCCCAAGUCCAGGGCGGCAGUGACGUUCGGGGACCUGGCCAUCUACUUCUCCCAGGAGGAGUGGGAGAGGCUGAGCCCCGCGCAGAGAGGUCUGUACAAGGACGUCAUGUUGGAGAACUACCAGACCCUGGUCUCGCUCGGACUGUCCCGUCAGAAGCCAAAUAUGAUCGCCUUGUUGGAGAAAGGGAAAGCACCCUGGAUGGAGAGAUUCGUGAGAAGACCCCGGGGCCUGGGAGGCUGGAGGGACCACAGGCGCGUUCAGGUGGGUGGGGCUGCCUGCCCCCCGUGGAGGCAGGUCCCGCAGCAGAAAAUGCCUGAAGAGCGAUGUACCGCUGAAGCUGAAAGAAGGCGACACCGGCCACAGAAUUUAUCUGAAGAGCAGCUAUUGGCAAAACGCAGAUCUGCAGCUGAAAGGAGCCGGCGUUAUCGACAGAAAAUGUCUGCAGAGCAACGUGCCUCUGACACUGAAAGAAGGCGGCGUUGGCGACAGAACUUAUCUGAAGAGCAACUAUUGGCACAAUGUAGAUCUGAAGCCGAAAGAAGCCAGCGUUAUCGACAGAAAAUGUCUGAACAGCAACGUGCCUCUGAAGUUGAAAGAAGGCGGCGUUGCGACAGAAUGUAUCUAAAGGGGAACUACUGGCACAAUGUACCUCAUUAAAUUUGAGGCUACACGUGUGAUCAUUGCUCAAAAAAAUGAGCAGGUUCAAAAAUUAAAUGAAGAAAUUUUGGAUGUACUUGGAGAU